AUGGGGGCAGCGCUGCCCGCGGGGCUGUGGGGGCUGCCCGGCGCUGCCUCCCCUGCCCUGCCCGCACCGCUGGAUGUGCUCUGCGUGCGCCUCGGUUCGCGUUAUUUCCCCGAGCGCCGCCGCGGCGAUGCGAGAGACGAGCGGAGUUCGGGGGCCCGCGCUGGGGUCGGGAUCGCACAAAUAAUCAGAAAACGAGCUGCUGAGCCCUUAAUCUACUUAAGCGCGCGGUUCCCUUUUCCCUGCGUUUCCAUCUGCGGAGCGAGGCGAUGUGUGGAUGGAGAAUUCAAGGUUCAAGAGACCUACCUCAUGGUACAUGGUGCAGUGAUAUGCAGCUUCCGAGGAACUGUUCCGCAAGGCUUGGUCCUGGAACUAGGUGAAACUGUCCAGAUCCUGGAGAAAUGUGAAGGUUGGUACAGAGGUGUUUCCAUUAAGAAGCCCAGUGUCAAGGGGAUAUUUCCUGCAAAUUAUAUUCACUUGAAAAAGGCAAUUGUCAGUAACAGAGGGCAAUAUGAAACAGUUGUUCCUCUUGAAGAUUCUGUGGUGACUGAAGUCACAGCGACGCUGCAGGAAUGGGCUGUGCUCUGGAAACAGCUGUAUGUGAAACAUAAGGUAGAUCUUUUCUACAAGCUGCGGCAUGUGAUGAAUGAGCUCAUUGACCUCCGCAGGCAGCUGCUCUCGGGGCACCUGACACAGGAUCAGGUGCGAGAGGUCAAGAGACACCUCACAGUGAGGCUGGACUGGGGCAAUGAACAUUUGGGCCUUGACUUAGUUCCACGGAAGGACUUUGAGGUUGUGGAUUCAGAUCAGAUCAGUGUUUCAGACCUUUAUAAAAUGCAUUUGUCAAGUAGACACAGUGUCCAGCAGAGCACAUCACAGGUAAAUACCAUCCAUAUUGAGAGGUUCAUGGUGAGGUUAAACAAGAACGGAGGUCCCAGGAAUCCGGAGAAGAUCGAUCGAAUGUGUGCACUUUUCACAGAUCUCAGCAGCAAGGACAUGAAGAGGGAUUUGUACAUAGUUGCCCAUGUAAUCCGAAUAGGCCGCAUGUUGCUCAAUGACUCCAAGAAGGGCCCCCCCCACCUGCACUACCGGCGCCCCUACGGCUGCGCGGUGCUCAGCAUCAUGGACGUGCUCCAGUCCAUCUCGGAAAUCAAGGAGGAGAAGGACUUUGUGCUCAAAGUUUACACGUGUAACAAUGAAAACGAAUGGUGCCAGAUCCAUGAAAACAUCAUCCGCAAGUCCAGCACCAAAUACACGGCCCCCAGCUCCAACUAUGGACUUAUAAUAUCUCUUCAGCUUCUUCGUGGUGACAUGGAGCAGAUCCGAAGGGAAAACCCCAUGAUCUUUAACAGAGGUGUGGCUGUCACCAGGAAGCUGGGAUUUCCUGAUGUUAUAAUGCCAGAGAUGAAGAUUGUUGGGUGUGACAUCCGGAAUGACCUGUACCUGACCCUGGAGAAGGGGGACUUUGAAAGGGGUGGCAAAAGUGUGCAGAAGAACAUCGAGGUGACCAUGUACGUGCUCUAUGCUGAUGGAGAAAUCCUAAAGGACUGCAUCAGCCUGGGCUCGGGCGAGCCGAGCCGCAGCGCCUACCACUCCUUCGUGCUGUACCACAACAACAGCCCGCGCUGGGGCGAGAUCAUCAAACUGCCCAUCCCCAUCGACCGCUUCCGCGGCUCCCACCUGCGCUUCGAGUUCCGCCACUGCUCCACAAAAGACAAGGGAGAAAAGAAGCUCUUUGGUUUUGCGUUCACCCCACUGAUGAGAGAUGAUGGCACGACCUUGUCAGAUGAUAUCCAUGAGCUUUAUGUUUAUAAGUGUGAUGAGAACAGCACGUUCAACAACCACGCGCUCUACCUGGGGCUGCCCUGCUGCAAGGAGGAUUACAACGGCUGCCCCAACAUCCCCUCCAGCCUCAUCUUCCAGCGCAGCACCAAAGAGACCUUCUCAGUCUCCACACAGCUCUCUUCUACCAAACUGACCCAGAAUGUGGAUCUGCUUGCCCUGCUCAAAUGGAAAGCUUAUCCAGAUCGAGUGAUGGAUAUUCUGGGAAGGCUGAGACAUGUCAGUGGCGAGGAGAUUGUUAAGUUCCUACAAGAUAUUCUGGACACAUUGUUUGUAGUUUUGGAUGACAACACAGAGAAGUAUGGUCUGUUGGUCUUUCAGUCUCUGGUGUUCAUCAUCAACCUGCUCCGUGACAGCAAGUACUUCCACUUCCGCCCCGUGAUGGACACCUACAUUCAGAAGCACUUUGCAGGAGCUCUGGCUUACAAGGAGCUGAUCCGCUGUCUGAAGUGGUACAUGGACCGCUCGGCCGAGCUCGUGCGCCAGGACCACAUCCAGGAGGCAAUGAGGGCCUUGGAAUAUCUUUUCAAGUUCAUUGUCCAAUCUCGGAUCCUUUACUCCAGAGCUACUUGUGGAAUGGAGGAGGAGCAGUUCCGCUCCAGCAUCCAGGAGCUUUUCCAGUCCAUCAGAUUUGUGCUCAGCUUGGACAGCAGGAGCUCUGAGACUCUCAUCUUCACACAGGCGGCCCUGCUGAACUCGUUCCCCGCCAUCUUUGACGAGCUGCUGCAGAUGUUCACGGUGCAGGAGGUGGCGGAGUUCGUGCGGGGCACGCUGGGCAGCAUGCCCAGCACGGUGCACAUCGGCCAGUCCAUGGACGUGGUGAAGCUCCAGUCCAUCGCCCGCACGGUCGACAGCCGCCUCUUCUCCUUCUCAGAGUCCCGGCGCAUCCUGCUGCCUGUAGUCCUUCACCACAUUCACCUUCACCUACGACAGCAGAAGGAGCUGCUUAUCUGCUCUGGGAUCCUCAGUAGUAUCUUCUCCAUAAUCAAGACCAGUUCUUUGGAGGGAGAUGUCGUGGAGGAGGUUGAGAUGAUGGUGGAGAGCCUCCUGGACGUGCUGUUACAAACUCUGCUCACAAUCAUGAGUAAAUCGCAGUCUCAGGAGGCGGUAAGAGGGCAGCGCUGCCCGCAGUGCACAGCAGAAAUCACUGGAGAAUAUGUCUCCUGCCUUUUAUCUUUGCUUCGUCAGAUGUCAGACACUCACUUCCAGCACUUACUGGACAACUUCCAAAGCAAGGAUGAACUGAAGGAGUUCCUCCUGAAGAUUUUCUGUGUGUUUCGGAACCUGAUGAAGAUGAGUGUCUUUCCUCGAGACUGGAUGGUGAUGAGGUUGCUCACCAGCAAUAUCAUAGUUACAACAGUUCAAUACUUGUCUUCUGCCCUGCAUAAGAAUUUCACAGAAACGGACUUCGAUUUUAAAGUGUGGAACUCUUAUUUCAGCCUGGCAGUUUUGUUUAUAAACCAGCCAAGUCUCCAACUAGAAAAUGCCACCCCACCUAAGAGGAAGAAGAUUCUGGAUAAGUAUGGUGAUAUGAGAGUGAUGAUGGCCUAUGAGCUCUUCAGCAUGUGGCAGAACCUGGGUGAGCACAAGAUUCACUUUAUUCCGGGAAUGAUUGGCCCCUUUCUGGGUGUUACACUUGUUCCACAACCAGAAGUCCGGAAUAUCAUGAUCCCAAUCUUCCACGACAUGAUGGACUGGGAGCAGAGAAAGAAUGGCAACUUCAAACAGGUGGAGGCUGAGUUGAUCGAUAAGCUGGACAGCCUGGUGUCUGAAGGAAAAGGUGAUGAGAACUACAGGGAACUCUUCAGCCUGCUAACCCAACUCUUUGGGCCUUAUCCCAGUUUGCUGGAGAAGAUUGAGCAGGAAACUUGGCGGGAGACAGGGAUCUCUUUUGUCACGUCCGUCACUCGGCUCAUGGAGCGUCUGCUGGACUACAGGGACUGUAUGAAAGGCGAUGAAACAGAAAACAAGAAGAUUGGCUGCACUGUUAACCUAAUGAAUUUCUACAAAUCUGAAAUUAACAAGGAGGAGAUGUACAUCCGCUAUAUCCACAAGCUUUGUGACAUGCACCUGCAGGCUGAGAACUACACAGAGGCUGCAUUCACUUUGCUUUUGUACUGUGAGUUGCUUCAGUGGGAGGACAGACCUCUGAGAGAGUUCCUGCAUUACCCAUCUCAGUCAGAGUGGCAACGUAAGGAAGGUCUGUGCCGUAAGAUUAUCCAUUACUUCAACAAAGGGAAGAGCUGGGAGUUCGGCAUCCCGCUGUGCCGAGAACUGGCCAUCCAGUACGAGAGCCUCUAUGAUUACCAGAGCCUCAGCUGGAUCCGGAAAAUGGAAGCUACCUAUUAUGACAAUAUCAUGGAACAGCAGCGCUUAGAACCGGAGUUUUUCAGAGUUGGUUUUUAUGGUCGAAAAUUCCCAUUUUUCCUGCGGAACAAAGAAUAUGUGUGUCGGGGCCACGACUAUGAGAGGCUGGAAGCCUUCCAGCAGAGGAUGCUGAGCGAGUUCCCCCAGGCCAUCGCAAUGCAGCACCCAAACCACCCUGAUGACUCCAUACUGCAGUGUGAUGCCCAGUAUUUGCAGAUCUAUGCAGUGACUCCCAUCCCAGACAACAUAGACGUGCUGCAAAUGGACCGAGUCCCUGAUCGCAUCAAGAGCUUUUACCGCGUCAACAACAUCCGCAAGUUCCGCUACGACAGACCCUUCCACAAGGGCCCCAAGGACAAGGAGAACGAAUUUAAGAGCUUGUGGAUUGAACGCACCACUCUGACCCUGACUCACAGUUUGCCUGGGAUCUCUCGCUGGUUUGAAGUGGAGAGAAGAGAACUGGUUGAAGUAAGUCCUUUGGAAAAUGCUAUUCAAGUGGUUGAGAACAAAAACCAGGAGCUGAGGACACUGAUAAGCCAGUACCAGCAUAAACAAAUGCAUGGCAACAUUAAUCUUCUCAGCAUGUGUCUGAACGGAGUGAUUGAUGCCGCCGUUAACGGGGGAAUUGCGCGGUACCAGGAGGCCUUUUUUGAUAAGGAUUAUAUCACAAAGCACCCCGGAGACGCAGAGAAGAUCACCCAGCUCAAGGAACUCAUGCAGGAACAGGUACAUGUCCUAGGAGUGGGUCUGGCAGUCCAUGAGAAAUUUGUACAUCCCGAAAUGCGUCCCCUGCAUAAGAAACUGAUAGAUCAGUUCCAGAUGAUGCGAUCCAGUCUGUACCAUGAGCUGCCUGGUUUGGAUAAGCUGAGCCCGGCCUGUUCUGGCUCCAGCACCCCCCGCAGCAACGUGCUGGUGUCGCACGGCCCCAUGAGCCCAGAGAGCAUCAAGCUGGUGCAUCGACACAGCCCACUGAACAUGCUUGGUUCAGUCCGACACUCCUCAUCCUCCCUGUCGUCGCACACCUCCAGUGAAACAGGAAACCUGGUUAUCCUGACAGACAGCUCUGUGGGGGAGACUGCUGAGGAUAUGUACCACAUGCAGGCUAGUCCUUCCACCUCCAGCCUGAGCUCCACUCACUCAGCACCAUCCCAGAUGAUUAACUCUGCCCCUUCCAGCGCUCGAGCGCUGGUGAAAGGUGCUGGAUUGACACCACUGGAGGCUGAAGCCCUCUAUUUACCCACAGAGCAGAUACAGCAUGGGCGGCAGCUGUGCAAGUUCCCCCACGCUGCCCCCAUCCAUGUGCCUCAUCUCUGUCCUGGAGGGACCACCUCUAGAGGCUCUCCCUCUCUACCAGAUAAGUACCGCCACUCUCGGGAGAUGAUGAUGUUGCUGCCAGCCCACCGGGACCGACCGAGCAGCGCCAUGUACCCCGCAGCUAUCAUGGAAAACGGACAGCCUCCAAAUUUCCAGCGCGCCUUGAUCCAGCAAAUGAUUGGACCAUGCAAACCUUGCAGUGAUCCCAACCUGUCUGUGGCUGAGAAAGCUGUGCCAGCAGCACCCAGUAGCUGGAGCCUGGACAGUGGAAGCCGAGAGGCGCUGCCAUUCCUGUCUGCCCACGCUGGGAGCGUCCUGGCUCCACCAGUGCCUCCCCGAAGCCUGCCCCAUGGACACUACUCACUGCACUUUGAUGCCUUCCACCACCAGCUCAGUGAUGCUCCUCCGGCACUGCCCGCACGAACGUUGCGCAAGUCCCCUCUUCAUCCUAUCCCUGCAUCACCCACCAGUCCACAGUCUGGUCUAGAUGGCAGUAACUCCACUUUAUCGGGCAGUGCCAGCAGUGGUGUCUCUUCCUUGAGCGAGAGCAAUUUUGGACAUUCUUCUGAACCACCUCCUCGCACAGACACCAUGGAUUCUGUGCCCAGCCAGGCCUGGAACACUGACGAAGAUCUAGAGACACCCUACCUCCCUGUCAGGUACAGUCUCUCUGAGCCUGAUGUCCUGGAGUCGCUCAAAUCCCAGCCAUGCCGAAGCCACUCUGCUCCAUCUGGAGUCAUUCCUCAGGACACCAUGGACCCUCCUGCUUUACCCCCCAAACCUUACCACUCCCGGCUGCCGAACAUGGAGAACGAGGAGGGGAUGAUGAUUGAAGAUGAUGACAAACACCGCCCGUUGCAUCGUAAAGUGUCCCAACCAGUGAGUGGUGCAAAGGAAGAGCAGGCCAGGGUGGCAUGGGAGCACGGCAUCAGUGAGCAGUAGGGACAGCUCCUGGUACGCAGCUGGCAUUGGCAUUCCAGGUCUGGAUACGACAGAGAGACAGCAGGACUCGGAGAACAGCAAACCGAUUUUCUACUGCCGCAAGGUUAUGUCUGAAGCCCACAAAAGCAAGUUGGGCCAGCAUGGCAGGUUGCUGCUUUCCUUUUUAAUUUCUUUUUACACCUUUCCGUUAUGUUUUUUAACUUUCUGUGCAGUGGACAGUUUAUUCCUUCUGCAGUUUCUUAACCACAUCACACGGCAUAUGAGCCAUAGAGACUUGCAGAAGCUGAAAAAUACAAUUUUAAGUGGAGGGGAAAACGGGGGGAAUGUGGCAAGUUGAUUUUGAACCUGCUUUCCUCCCAGUUCUGAGACGCACAUGAGUAGAAGCAGUUGCACUAGGGACAUAUUUCUUUGCUGUACAGAAUUGAAAGCUCAUUGCUGAAAUCAGGGAUUCUAUGAACUGUCAGGCUGGAAGGUGCAUGAGCUG